ACUGACUUCAAACAGACCCAGUCUUUCAUCUGGCUGCACACAGGCAGCGGGGUGUGGGGGUCAGACAGGAAAGGGCUGGAGAUCCGUGUUCCUCAGGAGAAGCUGUUCUGGAACUGGCGAACAGGAAGUGCACGUCUGACACACGCGCCAGGGGCAGGUUGGAAUAGAGAGGAAGACUUUGGUCACCAGGCAGUUGCCUUAAGAAGGAUCUUUUAUGGAUAGAGUGAGACUUUGAUAAAUCAUUGCGUGAUGGGGAAUGAGAGCAGCUCUCCAGCAGAUCUGCCACAAGGGGGUGCAUCGGGCAAUGCGGUGUCAUUCCCCUCUAAGACAAAUGCAGAACAGAAGGUACCAUUGGUUACAGGCCGUCCUGAAGGUUCCAGAGGGACAGAGGAAAAUAAGGACGGUGAGGCAGGAAACGAGCCGGUCCAGGUGCCCCCGGGACCGGGGCACGGGCCCUCGGCAGCUGCUCCACAGCCCACAGAGGAAGAGGGGGGGGCGAGUGGGCAGGAGGACGAGGACAGGGACGAGUUACUGUUCCCCCACGACCUGCUGCCUAGCACCGACCUAAGCAGCGAGUUCUUCAGCUGGGAGUCGUCCCUCAGGACGCAGGUAAACUCAGAUGAGAUGAAGAGUGAGCAGGUGACAGAGGGGAGCCCCCUGCUGGCCGGGCUGCAGCAGUACAUGGAUAUAAGUCACCAGGUUGCAGGCUUAAUGAAAAGCCCAGACUUCAGUGCCUCCGACCUGGCCCCACCCCCGUCCACCCUCCCCCGAGACCCUGAGCCAGACACCCGGUCACCUCAUCUCCCUGAUGAGGUCCACCUCCUUGAUCCCGGUCCAGCACAGGUUCCCAUGGCAGUGAGGGUCAUAAACACACAGCCGAACAGCCAGGGGGCAGUAGAGAUAUUCAGCUUCAGAGACUACAUCAUGGGUGCCAUGAGCGAGAGGGAUGAGGAAGAAGAAGAGGCAGACAUUGGUGCAGCCGCCCCAUUGGAUAGCAGCCUGUCCAGCGGAAAGACCGAGCUAAACUUUCUCAAAGAGCCAGAGCAAACAAACAGUGACACUGAACUCGAGAUAAAGAUGCACGAGAUGACAGGUUCCUUUAAAACUACACAAACAGACAUAAUGCCAAACACCUCCUCAGCAGAGAGACUGAUGCAUCUCCAAAAUAUGACGUUGAUUUAUACAACGCCUUCCAAGCACACAGAAGACAUAGAAUCUGGGGUGAGCACAGACCUGUUGGCAGAGAAAAAAACUGGGGAAAACGUGCAUUUUCUCAACACUGGACCAGAAGUCCUUGCCCAGGAUAUAGAGAGACAAUGUGAGACAGAGGGGGACACUCUGGCUGAGACAAGGGACAUGGAAAUUGAUAGGGAGUCAGGAAGUAAAAUGAGGGAGACGAUGACAGAGUCGACUAUGAAUUCAUUAAAAGGGACAUCAAGAGAUUCAGGUUUUGUGGAAACAGGAAAACAAGAGAUAAACCCAGAUCUUAAAAAUGAAGACAUUCUGCCAGGAACAUGGACACAGUUAACAGACGAGACAAAAAUGGAGGUGGGGACAUUUAAGGAUGUCCUGCAGGGCAGGGACCCUGUGAGACUGCCAGAGAGCUCAAAGGUGGUGUCCCAGAGAGACCAGGUAGAUGAAAUGUGCCUCGAUUCUUGGGAAGAUGCAGAGGAAUAUCCUUACGGAGACCUGCAAAGGAAGGAGCAUGCAAAAACGUGGGAAGAGAGGAGGCAAUUUUCAGAAGGCACCUUUCACGCAGAGACUGAGCCACAGGCGGUUACUGAAGCAAUGCCACAAAUGAGGCCCGGCUCUGCAGAGGAGCCCCGAAAGGGGGGAGCAGAGAUGCCGAUGGAUUUCCAGGCAAGGACGGGCCCACUGUCACCACCACAGCCGGAGCCAGAUAACGACACAGGAGGAGAAAAAAGCAUGCGUGAUCACGCAGGCAGCAGGGCAAAAACACGGCCCAAGUUAGCGAUGAAAGAAAAUACAGAAACUGAGCUAAAAAUACAGAUGAAUAACACAUGUGAGUUAAAAUCACAGACCGACUCACUGUCGUGGUCAAGAGCGGGGACAGUCACCGACACUGGGUUAAGCUUAAGCUUACAGAGGAUCGUGGGAACAGAUUUAAUGGCAGACAAAGAGAGAGGUUUGAGCUCAAAUACAGACAGGGGGAUGGUUGUAAAGGAACAGUGGAACACAGCAGGAGAAUUUGAUGCGCCAAUGGAGAAGGAUUUAGAGACAUGCAAAGAGUUAAAUGCACCAACAAAUGCGGAGGCUGGGCUGAAGGCACAGCCACCCCAAGAGUGGUCAAGUUACCAGGAACAGCUGAGCCUCCAGGGACAGUCAAACAUCUGCCCCCUACCACUAGGCCCUGAGGCUGGGCCGGAUAAUUUUACUGCCUUGGUGAUUUCACCUGCCCUCAGCCUGCCCCCUUACCAGGGGUCUGAGCAGCAGUCCUCUCGUGGUGGGGCAGAUGGCACCCGAAAUCUGAUAUCAGUGGCUGGAUCCCCACUCCGCAGUCAAGAUUCACCCCCUGGGUGGGGUGAAAAUGACAAAAAUGCACUGGAGACAUUUGCUGAGCUGGCGCCUGUUAACCGGAGCCUGUCCGGGGCUGGACAGGACCUGAGCUCUGGUGUGACAACAAGGAUGGGGGCCCACAUGGACCAAUGUCCACCUUGGGGCGAGGGAGGCAUGGGGGCACAGAGUGUCCUUGGAGAGGCUUUGAUGGCCGCUGCCGCUGCGUUGCCACUGACAACACCCACAGCGCCUGAACCGAGGGAAGGCGAGGGAGAGGCGGAGGAGAGAUGCGAUUCGUCCAAGGGAACGGCUACAGCAGCCAAUUCAGCAGCAGCAGCAGGGAGAGAGGAAUUAAUUUCGCCUCGGAACUCAGCAGCAGAAGCAUCUGAAAUCACUGCCGUCGGAUCUGUGACGCCGUCAUCAAUCCUGCCGGAGAUCAGCCACUCGUCUGCCCCGGCGGACGAGGCUGGUGAGCGUGACAGUGCACCAUUGCCGGGCAGCUGCAUUGAAAUGCCACACAGCUCAGCUGAGAGUGAGGGGGGGGAGGGAGGGGGCGGAGCUUCCAACAGCUCCCCAGGGAGCAGUGCUCACUCGCCGGUCGGGGAGGGGGGGAGGGAGAGGGACUCUCUCUGUCUGGAGGACCAGACUGACGUUUCGCUGCCUGGCCCACCACGAUGUGACUGCCAGGAAGCAAGAGGGAGAGAGAGAGGCGGCACAGAGUGGGAGGAGAGGGGAGGAGAACGCACUGCAUUCAGAGAGGCAGCGGGGCCUGGCAGCGGGGCAACGGGGACAGAGGAGCAGCCAGAACUCCUCGCCGGAGCACGUCACGCCGCCGGACCGCCCCCUGACGUCAGCGACUCCGCGCCGCAGCACGGCCGCCAGCUCGCCGGCUUGCCAGAGAGCGACUCUGCAGAAAGGACUUUGCGGCCGCCAGCUCUUUCAGAGACACAUUCUCCCCCUCCCCCGUGGCCCACCACCCAGAAAAGACCCACUGACCCCACAGAAGAAAGGAAGAGAGGGGACUUGCAUCCUGAAACGGACGGACAGCGAAAGAAGCCACCGAAGGAUUCUCCACAGCCUCCCGAAGCAGCUGUCAUCAAAGAGCAGGCUGUGGGGGUUCUGAUAGGGAGCAACUACACGGAGCUGGGAAGGACCUCGCAAGACUCGGCUCCAGAACCCCCCAUCCAGCCUGCCCUGCCAUCAAGGCCCUCGGCUGUCAGCCAGCUAUUUGAGCUCUGCAGCAUCUCAGAGGCGGAUGGACUAAGAAACAGCAACAGCCCAGAGAAAUCCAAGGAGGCUUUUUGCGUCAAGCAUCUUUGGCCGCAAGGUGAACUACCCACUGAGAGAGAGGGGCCCAGGGGGACCCCUGCAAAGCCAGGAACCAAUCACUCUGGGGUAAACUCACACUCCAUGAAGGACAGUACCGGAGGCCAGGCAGGCGCCAUGAGGGGCCCAGAGACCCACAGGGAACAGGGCUCGCCAAAGAGAGCACGUGAUGGCACGUCAACAGCCGUGGGCAGUUGUGCCUCCCUGCCUCCCCUGACUGUGCAAGAGAGCCUGCACCACCCAGUUGUGGAGAGCAGCUUCACCUUUCCGGAGUUCUUCAGCCUGAAGAAGCCAGAAACGCCACCUAUGCCAUAUACAGUGACAGAUCCACAAGCUGCUGGUCAGGCUGAGCCGAGGAAUGACAAAGCUCAUGCAGAGGUGGUAAAACCACUUCAAGCAGUAGCAGGUCCGCUAGCCUCUGUCAGCAAGCCUGAACUGGAACCUGUCCAGCAAAGCAGUGAAACAGCUAUGGUGAUGGUGGAACAGUUGCCAGUAGGAACAGGAACUGAAGGGGAGUCCAUACAAAAAGGCCUUGAAGCAGAGGUGGUGAAAACCGCAACAUGUAUAACUACAAUGCCAGAGCUGAGGGAACCUGACCAACUAAACCACAAGGCAGAUGCAGUGCUGGUGCAACCCCAGAUGCAGCCACCUACAGCAGCACAUCUACCAGACAUUGGCACUAAGCAUACAGAGGAGAACAGCCAGGUAGAAGGAACAGUAGGGGACAAGGACAAGACUAAGCAUGAUAUCGAGAAGGAUAUAUCUAUGGAGCAUGCAGAGCCAGAUCCAGACAAGCUGCUGUCAGAUGAAGCCAUUUCACUGAAUGCUGACAGCCAAAUGGUCUCAGGGAUUAUAAGACCUGUGGGAGAAGAAACAAAGAGUAGAGCCUUUGGUUUCUCAGUAACAGCUGAGUGUGAGGGAGUUGACCUUUCAGAGGCAAAGGAGGAGGAAGGUCAAAGGGCAAAGGUCAUGGAAACUGAAGGAACUGAGGAGGGAACAAAGACAGGUGGAGAAGAUUUUAAGGAGCAGGCUGUGUCAGCUGCUGUGGAGCAGCCACCGAAAAUAAUUGCAGGAAAUUUGAUAGACAGGGAGGAGGAGUUGACCAUCUCAGUGGGGGUGCCUGACACUUCCCAGGAGUCUGAGGGUUUCCCUGAGGGUUUCACUGAGGGUUUCACUUCUGCAGCAUCGUCAGAUACUGCACAGCCGAAGGAUGCUUCUCACUCCAAAAGUGAAUUAGAGAAGACCUCACUCACCCUUAAUGAAGACCAGAAUCUAGGCGUGAGCUCCUGCAACUUCCCUGAAACUCCAAAAGAACAGAAUCCAUUUCUGAUCCAAAACAGAUCCAUCGAACUCCAAGACUGCAGUGCUGAUCCUGCGACAUUCACAGAUUCAAUGGCAAAUGCAAUGGCUCCUGUCUUAAUGCAUCCACAGUCAGGCCACACAGGCACAGCUGAUGCCCUUACUUCAAUCACUGCUAGCUCACAUGGGUCUCUCCUCUGCCAUAGGGAGCUAACCAAUGAUUGGGAACCAAGAAUGAUUCUGCAGACUGGAAAUGAACACGAGAGGACAAGACAGGAAGAAAUGGGUUUUUCAUCAGAUAUAGCCAAUGAGAAGAGUGGGUCUCGGGGGGUUUCUGGUCUUCAAGAAACAGAUGUCAAUAUCCCCAUUACUGUCUCCCAUGGUGACCUAGCAACCAACGAUGAACAUAGAGAUACAGUUUCAUUCCCUACUCAAACAGCAGCAACAGAGAUGGAUAUCAGUCUACCUGCAGCUACAGUUCCCUCUACAGACCACCCUAACAUAGUUUUAGAAAAGGAUCAGGUCGGGAAGGAGAUCUGCUCUGCUGCUCCCACGCUGAAUUAUGUCAACUUAGACAAGGUGGAAGAUGGGAAAAAGAACAGAACCUUAAAAGGAAGGGAGAAGGAACAACAGAUAAUUGGUGGCAAGGAAUCCACUGUAGAGAUGCAUCAAAGUUCAGUGGCUCCUCUCACAUGUCCUCAUACAACAGAACAAGGAGACACUCGGGUGAAGGGAGUGGAAAAUGAUGGCUGCCUAAAUGCUGAGGUUAAUGAUGGCAAUGCGGCAAACAAAGCAAUCUGUGAUACAGGGAGUGUGGCACAAGCAGGCACCGAGGCAAGUGAGUUAUUCAUCCAUGGCUCCGCAAAUCCUCCCAUGGACUUGGCAGCGGAUGCCGCCCCUUCACCUUCCUGUUCAGAGCCUAUAUUAUCUGAAUCUCUUUUAACGAUUGCGUCCAAUCUUGCUACACUGGACACAAAGACUGCGUCUCAUCAAAUGGGAGCCGAAGUAGAAUCUAAGUGUAUGGCAGCCCAGCCCUCUGAAUCCAGCACCGAAAAUGCUGCUUUAUUAGAAUCACAUAACACUGUACCAGCCUCCAAAGAAGCUUCUGAAAUCCAUCAUGCCGUGGAGUCUGAGCUGACGCUAGAUGACGAAGCCAAAGUGCUCCCCACGGAGUCUGAACCCAUCGAAACUGGGCAGGUCUCACCAGCCAAGCCUCUCCAUCAGGCUAAAAUGCUUGAUUCUCUGCCAUCAAAUGCUGAAAAAAUUAAUAGCGCUUCUGACCUUAAAGCAGAACCUAUAAAUGCUCAGCCUGAACGCAGUGGUAUGCUAUGCCGCCGCAGUGCUGAACACAAACCCCCAAUCACUGGCCUUGAUUUUACGUCUGUAGGAUACCCAUAUGUAACCCCCGGUAACCAAACAGAGGAAGACAGGGAGGAAGAUUACAGAGGAAAAGAUUACAGACAGCGAGAGACAGAAGUGCUGCCGAGAGAAAUGCUUAUAGAUGAAACACCCGUGCAGAUGAAACAGGAAGAAACAAGCAGACAGGAGAAAUAUGAAGACAGCCCUGAUCCUGGAUUAGUCUCGGCUAGCAUGGAGCUGUCUGAAGACCCAUUAAAUCGGAAUGUAGGAUUAAGCGGGGGACUACAUCUGUCUACGGAUCAGAACCAAUCCGUCCCGGUAACAGAGGCAGAAACGCCCUCAAGCCAUGUCGGUGACUACGCAUGGACAGGAAACUCAGCUAUGAGCCAAUCCAAUCUGGGUCCCAUCCCAAAAAUCUCCCAGCAUCCGCAGCAGCAGGAGGCAAGCGGUGGCGGAGAUUCACAAGAGCGUGACGCACCCUCGGCCGACGAUUGGCAAGGUGUGCCAAGCUUCCACGAUGAGGAGGAGCAGUUCAGGAAUGCAGCAACCCUGCAAUGUGCUGAGGUUGGCACUGCCAGGGAGGAGAUUCCACAGAGGGCUAUCGAGGCCCCACUAGGUGGCGCUCAAUCCUGCCCCUCAGUCUCAGACGUAGCCGAUAAAUUUGGAAGUGGUGCCAAAGAGAGCACCACCACAGAUGCAUCAGAUAUGGUCUCUGCUGGUUCCACUCAGGUUAUAGUGAGCAAGAAUGGGCCAGAGCAAAGUCCAGGGCUGGAUUUUUCAAUCGCAACCGGUUCUGUUCCAAAGUCAGGUGACCAGGACAAAAAUGAUCAAGACACACUGACACCAGGCUGUAAAGAAAAAGAAACUAUAUGUGACAUGAAAGUAGACACUGUGGCCGUUGUACCUACAACAUCUCAGCAGAGGGAUGCCAUAGCCCAUGACCAUGACAUUGCAGCUGCAAAUCAGAUCCCCCUUCAGUGCUCUCCUGCGACAUCUUCUCUCUUGGACAACGUAGCGACGAGUCUGUUUCAAGACCCUGUGGUGCCUACUACACAUUUCGCUGCUUCUCUUGCCUGUUCAGAUCAUUUAAUGCGGGAACAACAAGUUUCUGCAAGUUUCGACAUUCAUAGUGCGGCUCAGACAUGCCACGGACCCCAGGCAGAUGUGGAGCAGUGGCCUACAAUCCCACCGUUAACAGACAAGCCUGCCAGCCAGCCCACCUUGAGCAUAUUUCCAACCUGUGACUCGUGCGACCCACAACACCUGGUGUGUGGACCCACUGCUGAGGGUGAAGUGGACAGCCCUUUAUCCACAGCAGCAACCAGGGAAAGUGUGGAGCUGGAGCAGCCAGAAAAUACCACCACAGGGUGGCAGAGUUUAGCCUCGGAAUCAUCUGCGGACAGCCAUCUGUUCAGUCAGGCCAACAGUUCCGCAGAGAGUAACAAAGUGGUUCCCCAAUCAAUCCAGGAAGCAUACAUAAGUUAUGAGCAAGCUCUUGUUGUUACUAAGGAAGGACAACACAGAGUGGCCCGGGCCACUCCCACCGUGUCCCUUGAAUGUGGAUCCUUUUCAGAUUUUAAAGAUCAAAGCAAAGGAUCAAAAGGUGUGAGAGACAGCAAUGAGGUUGUACAGGACACUGAUACUGACACCCAGGGACAGCUUACUUCCGGGCAUCUCAGUGAGAAAAAUAAAGGAUUAUUGAAGGAAAAGGAGUUCGGAGUCCCUGUUGGAGCUGAAGAACACUCACUGUCAGCAAGCCCUCAAAGGAGUGUAGCGCUCAACAAGAUCCCUGCUUCCAGAGAAGAGGAGGAUCUUCUGUUUGAUGGGAUGCGGGUAGAGGAGGAGCACGACUUUGGCACGGUUCCCACAGGGACACUGGCUGGGGAUCUGCACCCAAGUGACACACCGACGUCACUACAGGCACAUUGCCCCCCGCUUGCAACGGACUCCCCUCCAGAGCCCAUUGUUGCAGACUGCGACAGUGUCCACGCUGACCCAGACGCAGCUCAUCUCACUGCUCACAGCUCAGGUAGACAGUCUGUGUGCCAAGACAAAGACUUAGAUGGAGGUUUAGGGACCGAGGCAGAGCGUCAGAGCAAAGACUCUGCUGGAGGCUUAGGGACUGAGGCAGUGUGUCAGAGCAAAGACUCUGCUGGAGGCUUAGGGACCGAGGCAGAGUGUCAGAGCAAAGACUCUGGAGUGACCUCAGAGGAUACAGGCUGGCUGAUAAGAUCCCUGCGAGAAGCAGCCACUCUCUCUCAAACGGAGCAAACACGCAGCCGCACUGAAGAAGUCUCCCACAACAGCCCCAUCCAACAUCUGACUUCACCCCAAGCCAGCGUAGAAUUCUGUGAGGCCGACGAGGAAACAGCGCCCCCAGAAGGCACGAAGGAAGACCAGCCUGAUCUCAGGUGCUCCCUGAUUGGGCAGACUGAAGCAAGAGGCUCCACCCCCAACUUGCCCGAGUCCUUUGAGAAACAAGCUCUCCAGCCACACCUACCCAUCUACCUUCUUGAGGAGAGUGCUGAUUUCCCCACCCCUCCUCCCACGCCCCCUGAGAGGUGCACUCCCGCUCUUCCACACAGUGAGCUCCCAGCACCUCGGACCCCCCCGCCAGCAACCCCAGUUCCUGAUCUCCCCACACCUGCCCCAGUGCGGGUAGAGUGCCCCACAGUUUGCCCACAGGACUUUGGGCUCAGGAGCUCCGACUCGGACGGCGCUUUUGAGACCCCCGAAUCGACCACCCCGGUGAAGGCCGCCACGCCCCCACUGCCCCAAGCGGAGCCAGACGCACCUACUCAGCAGCCGUCCUCCCAGGACACGGGGUUCUGUUCCGACUCCACACAAGUGUCAGAGUCAGUGUCCCUGAGUGAGCCGCUUUCAGAACCUCCGGUCUUCCAGCCCCCCUGCCGCUCAAACUCGGUCGUCUUUGACGAGGACAAGCCCAUUGCCAGCAGCGGUGCCUACAACCUUGACCUGCUUGCCUCCGACCCUUUCCCUGAUUCUGCUUUUGCACCUGGGCUGGCCAAAGAUGACGGUGCCGGAAGGCGCCGGUCCACAGACUGCGUGCCCCAGGCCCGCUGUCCACUAACCCGCUCCCUCAGCCUCCAGGCAGGGGAAUUAGAAAAUCCAGAAGAGGGGUCCGACACGGGCGUCCCAGGAACGUUGGCCCAACCGAGGGCUGAGGCCUUCAACGUCGGCACAGAGAGCGCUCCGGGGACGCUCCGCAAGAACAAGAAGUCCAGGUCGGCCUCCUUCAAGAAGAAGCCUCUCUCCAGGCAGAGCUCCAAUACUGCCAGCUCCACUGAAGGCGCAGCUGUCAGCUCCACCCCAGAGGCCAAGAAAAAGGCCAAGACCAGGCCAGAGAGCCCUUUACUGCCCAAGGAGGAGCAGGAGGAGGAGGGAACCUCAGCCAUUACAAGCCCUGGUGGAACGUUAAGAAAGAACAAGCUUAUAGCAGAAAGCCCAGUUCCUAAAGCCGAGGAAUCAGAACCAAACAAACUAGCCCCUACUUCCCCUGUUCACCCCCCUACUUCUACAUUCCCCCCGGUCCCAGACGAAGAUUCUCCCAUUCUCACAAAGGCAUCCUACAACUGGGACCCGGACAAUUUUGAAGGAAUAGACCCAUUCCAUUCCGGCGGUAGUAAGAUUGCCAACUCCCCAGUGUUGAGUAGGAAAGGGGUAUCGUUUACAUCUGCUGUUGAUCCUCCACUUGUGCCCGAGGACCCAGUUCCCCUGCCCCUCCCCUCGCCCCCGGUGCCCACCCUCACUACCAUUGCCAGCCUCACUACCAGCAUCCCUGACGACGAGCAGCCCCUGAACAAGCGCCAGUCGGUCCGGCUGGAGUUUGACUACUCGGAGGAGAGCGGGGAAUCUCCUCGAGACUCCACACCCCCACCGAAGAAGCUGGGCAAGAAACCAGGAGCCAAGAUGCCCCUCCGGAAGCCAAAGUUGGGGACGCGGAAGCCCCCACCCCCUGAGGAGCCUCUUGACAAUACACCCGCCCAACCACUAGCCAACAACGAAGACAUGCCAAUCCCUAAGACCACGUAUAAUUUCGACCCCAGCAAGUGGGAUGACCCCAACUUCAACCCCUUUUCUUCCAGUACUGCGAUACCCAGCUCACCACAGCUCUCUCACACCAGCUACAACUUUGACCCGGACACCUUUGAUGACUCCAUAAACCCAUUCAGAUGCUCCAGUAAGAUAGGGAACUCUCCGCCUAAGACAUCACCAGCCUCCUUUGAGGUUCCUGCCAACGACAAUGACAAUGACAGUAUCAGAGAGCUUGAGGAUCCCAACCAGAAUAAGCCAGCAAAGAAAAAGAAGGCGCCUUUGAAAUCUAACACAUUUAGGGUGAAGAAGUCUCCUAAGAGGUCUUCCCUAUCGGAGACAUCAUCCCAGGAGCCCACCCCCCGUGCCACUCCUGACACACCGCCCGUUGUCCCGCAGGACGAACACGCCACUGAUGAGGAGAAGCUCGCUUCCUCCUCCAAUCAGAAGUGGGCCGCUCUGCAAGGAGUGGAGGCGGAGCUGAACUCUGACCCUCGGGAUUUCCCCCAGCCCUCUGACCUCACUGACUUCGAGAGCAGCCUGUCUUCGCAGACCCAUGACUAUGAGAUUGAGUACAUGGAGAAGAUUGGAUCUUCCACUCCAGCCACCUCUGGGAAGAAGCCGUCUCUUUACCUGAAGCUGGACUCUGUGACAGACAGCCCUACUAAGGGCUCCCGCUCAAGGAACUCUGAACCCAGCUCCCCCUGCACAGGGAGCUUCGAGGAGAUGGAGGCGCAGAUCGCCGGGGGCGCCAAGUCACCUGUGCUGCACCCCCCCCGGGGAGCCCCGGAGUCAGAGAAGAGCCGGAAGCGAGAGAGUGACUCGCUAAUCCGCUGCCCGGGCGGCGAGCGGGACGGAGUGACCCUUCCCCAGGACCCUGAGGACCCCACCAACGCCUUGCUGUUAGACAGACUGGUGGAGUCUGGGGGCCCUCUUCACUACCUGGAGCCUGACCUCGCUGAGACCAACCCCACCGCAUUCGCUCAGAAGCUACAGGAGGAGCUGGUGCUCGCUGCUCUGAGGAUAGAGGCUUUGCAGGUAGCCCACAAAAUCUCCCAGACCACCCUGCCCACUGUAACCCCGGAGCACCAGAGGGAGGCUUUGUCCCAAGUGGAAAGCGCUGUAACCAAGAGCACCCUGUAUUCCCACACGGGGUACAGCGAAGAGGACGGGAACCCGUACAUGCCGCGGGAACUUGACCACUCCCUGGGGAUCGCACGUGAGGAGAUUGUUGCCAAGGAGAAGGAGGCAGCUGAGUGGCAGAGGAAGUACGAGGAGAGCAGACAGGAAGUUGUGGAAAUGAGGAGGAUAGUAACAGAGUAUGAAAAGACAAUAGCACAGAUGAUCGAGGAUGGGCAACGGGACAAGUCGCUGUCCCAUCACACCAUCCAGCAGCUGAUUGUGGAAAAGGACCAGGCUCUUGCAGACCUCAACUCUGUGGAGAAGUCCCUAGCUGACCUGUUCCGCCGCUACGAGAAGAUGAAGGAUGUGCUGGAAGGCUUCCGCAAGAACGAGGAGGUUCUGAAGAAGUGUGCUCAGGAGUACCUGUCUCGAGUCCGGAAGGAGGAGCAGCGCUACCAGGCCCUAAAGAUCCAUGCUGAAGAGAAGCUGGACAAGGCGAAUGCUGACAUUGCACAGGUGAGAGCCAAGGCCAAGCAGGAGCAGGCGGCCUACCAGGCGAGCCUCCGCAAGGAGCAGAUGAAGGUGGAGUCCCUGGAACGUACACUGGAGCAGAAGAACAAAGAGAUCGAGGAGCUGACCAAGAUCUGUGACGAGCUCAUCUCCAAGAUGGGGAAGAGCUAACGGCGCAUCUAUGCUCCGUCAUCCUCCAUCUAUCUGCUCCGGGCUGGAGAUGGAGAGAGAGAUGGAAAAAGAGAGAACUGUGUCAGCUAGCCACGGUCACGUGCACACAACGCGGCAAAGAGCUUGGAGGCCCCCCUCCUCCGCGGGCCCCUACAUCACUGUAUCUCCUUCACGGCCACAACUGUGCCUCUGACGACUCGAAGAGGACGACUGGCUUCAUAACACUUUUGUGCUUUGUGAUGUUUUACAAUUAUACACAUAUAUAUAUAUAUAUCAAGUUUCCUGUAUCAGGGGUCUUGUGAACACGGACUCUCGAGGUCUUUGGCGAGAAGGGGAGGAGAGUGGAAGGAGAAGGUGGACGAUAACCGGACGCAUCAGACUGGCGAAACGAAACCUUCAAAAGGGGCAUAAAUGCAACAGUGGGUCAUUAAUGAAAUGAAAAAGCAAGUAGUCUCACAAAUCAAUACAAUUAAUCAUUGAGGUGGUAAUAUUAAUAUUGGCCAUAAUGUUCCUUGCAUGUAACAGGUUAAAGAUCCUUUUCUUGUUGUAAAUAUGUGGGCUGAAUAUAGAGCACAUCCGCGGUUUUUGAUACAAUAAUCUGCCAGUGCCACCCGCUUUCCUCGUGAAACAUUGUAGAUACCUUGUGUGUUUGUUUGAAGCUUCCUUGGGGAGGGAGAGAUGGUUUGGGGGGGGGGGGUAUCGGUAUUUUGUCUCACUUGAAUGGUACGUCCUCCAGUUACUGUGCUGAUGAUGAUGGAAUUUAUUUAAUUUGGGCCGGAUGUGUCGAUACCCUGCUACGGUCGAUGUACCACGAGGUGGGGGUGUAACCUGGGGGGGGAGGGGGUACCCCUCACGGAUACUCAGCGCCCACUCAGAAGUGCAAUAAAGGAUGGCAAUAAA